AUGUUCAAGAAGCACUCCAUCCUCGACCGGAAGGUCCGCAACCCGGCCUCCGCGUACAAGGUGAACGAGGAGACCGUGGAGAAGCAGUACACGAAGGAGCAGGACCGCAUCGCGCACCGCCGCACGCAGCAAGCCGAGACGGACGAGAGGAUCCGGAGGGCGUACGACCCGGAGGACGAGGAGCUCUUCCAGGGCUUUGACAAGACGUACGCGCAGAUGAAGGAGCAGCUGGCCGUCAUCGAGGACAAGCGGCGCGAACAGCGCGAGUACGACCUCAAGGUGCCCGAGUGGGACGCGGGGUACCGGCCGUACAGCGCGGUGCCGUGGAACGACCGCGUGAACCCGUGGGCGGGGUCCGCGGAGUACGAGCAGGAGAUGAAGCGGGCGUACCUGACGCAGGUCAAGCAGGAGAACUUCAAGCUGGAGGAGAUGCGCAACGAGUGGAAGCAGUACGAGAAGGACCUCGACCGGUGGGAGUUCAACGAGGCCAUGAACGAGGGCGGCGUCGCGGGCGACUACUGGAACAAGCACAAGGGCAACGCCAAGUGGCUCAAGCCCCGCGGGAACCGCGCCGCCGCGCCCAAGGAGGACGUGAAGGCGUACAGGCACAAGAUGGGCCACGAGGGCGUGCUGCAGUGGUCCGUGGAGCAGGGCAUGGGCGCCGCGGGCGACUACCAGCGCAGCACGGACCGCCCGCUCACGGCGCCGCCGCGCCGCACGCCCGAGCCCGACUCCGCGUACGCGCUCCCGGGCCCGGCGCCGACGCGGCACGGCACGGGCGCGUACCCGUGGUCGCACCAGAGCUCCGUGCAGCCCUUCGCCUCGCACGACGCCGUGGGCGUGCCCGCCGCCUCGCCCACCGCCCCCGCCGCGUCCCCCAAAAAGUCCUACCCCUGGGAGUGGGACGCGCAGCCCCGGGCGUGA